AUGACCGCUGGCCCAGGCCCUGCUCUGGGACAUGGCCGGUUUCGCGGUGCCGGCACCGUCCCCGGUGGCACCCCCAGCUUCUGGGCCUCGCGGCAUGCUCCAACACUGCUUGAGGAAAUAGGGAAACGCUGGCGCUUAGGGGUAGCCACAGUCUGUGGCUGUUUUUCAGACUCAGGAGUAGCAGCAGAUGUUCCUCAACACACCUUUGUUUCUCAUGCUUUUCCUCAGCAUUCCCUGUUUUCAGUGUUUUCCAAAUUUGGGCCACUCUACUCGGUGCAAGCGCACAGAAAUGCCGCUGUGGCAGGGCCUGGGUAUUAUGCCGUCGUCAAGUUUUAUUCGGCUGGAGAUGCCAGCAGAGCCCAGCACGCGUGUAACGGGCAAAGACUGUUUCAGAAAUCUCCCUUGAAGGUUUGUGUUUGCACCAAGCAGAAAGUGUUUCAUCAGCAAGUUCUUGCUCUUAACAGCAACAAGUGCCAGGAAUUGGCCAACCACUACCUUGGCUUUAAUGGCUGGUCCAGCCGCAUCAUCAUGCUGCAGAAUGUUUCGGGCUUUGAUGAUGAGAACAAGGAACUGGGAAAGACGUUACAGAAGCGAUCCCUUAAAUAUCUGUGUGCCGUAGAAGUAGCAAUGCCCAACCAUAGGGUAUACACCAGGGGAGUCGGCCUUGGCGAGUCAGACAUAGAAAAUGGAGAAGAUCCUCUCGAGUUUAUCACAGCUACAAGAAGAGUUCAGAAACUUGCAGUUGGGAAAGCUUUGUCUAGUGCUUUUCAGAAGAUACUCCUUGUGGUUUUAGACAAUGGUAAAGUGGCUGUGGAGUAUAACUCCACCCAAGAGGAGCCCACAGAUUCUUUAACAGAAGAGGAACUGAAGGGGCUUAUUCAGGUCAAUGAAUUGUCCUUGGAACAGUUUUACUUUGAAGAAGAAGAAGAAGUUUUGUCUGAUCUCAGUUUUGAUGAUAAGCUCCGUCAUCAGGAGAAGGUGACUGAGACAUGGGAGAGCUCAGGGAAGAGCCACAUGGGUGAUUGGAGACCUGGAGCGCAAACCUGGAAAUGAGAGAUGUCAGGAGUGUAGCAUAUUUAAUUUAACAACAAGAAGAAGGGGUGACAUGAUCCAGGACACAACAGCAGCUCUGCAAGGAGAAGACACCUGAUGCUCGAUGAGCUUUUUAACCUGGAAGGCACAAAGCAGAAACAAGAUCCAGUGGCUGAUGGCCGAAGUCAGAGGAAUUCAAGUGGGGAAAAGAUUUCACUGGCAACGCUAUUUCUUCCAUUGACAAACCAAUGUGGAGGGAAUACCUGUGGGCUGAGUACCUAGUUCUCCAAGACAAUGCCCUGAAGACAGUGGGGAGGCAUUCGCUGGUGGGGUUGCUGCUUCUGA